AUGGGAACAAGAACAAGAAGCUUUCGUGAUGAAGACUACAAUAAUAGAAGAGUGUUCCUCAGGAGCUAUCCUCUCGACUGGGAAUUAGGAGGAGGAGAUCAAAAUGAUAAAGAAGCUGGUGGUGACGGGUCGACAGAUGAGAUGAGGCGGUCCAAGAGGAGCAAUAAGGACUGCAGCAGCAGAUCAAAGAAGCCCCUGAGAAAGAUAAUUCUGUCAUUGUAUCAUUGGGGUGGAGGGAAGGUCUUGGUGUUGAGGAGGUUCAAACAUAAACUUACUAUUUAUGUUAUUUCUUGUAUCCCCGUUGGCUUUAAGCCCCCUACAGCCCUUAUUUCUGCUUGA